AUGAUAUACCCGGCGCCAGUGCAACGCGGUGUCGAGGCGCCUUUGUCGCGGUCCGCGCGCCUCGAGGCCAUCGCGGGUUGCGUCUACGUCCUCUUUUCGCUGAGCUGCGGUCUCUGGUUCCUCGUCUACUUGACGCCAUGCUUUCGCAACGAUCUGUGGUGGCCCGACUACAACUUGAGCGGUCACCAGGCGUUCCUUAUCGACGUGCUCAACCGAGUGCUGGCGACGACGCCCGUAGCCACGUUUCCCAUCACCAAUAGUUUGCCUGGCGUGCAAAAAGGGUACAAUGGGUCGUCGUCCGUCACUACGGUCUACCCGACGUACGCCCGCCAGCUAGCGUUGCAUGACCUCUCGUCCAUCGAGUAUGCGGUCGCGAACCUUCGGCUUCUGAGCGCAAGUUGGUCCAUGCGCAUGAACACGCAGCACUGCUACGUCGACUUCAACAGGACCUUUACCGUGGCCCACACGGCAGAGCGGGCUGCGCGCUGCGACGCCAAGUACCGAGCGAAUGGCGCCGUGUACUUGGAAGCCACGCUGCGCAAUGUCGACUGGAAUGACUUUCUGACGAUCUGGGCCGGCCCCAACAUGCCGUUCACGGUUGCGAUUCAGCUCGGUUUGGAAGAGACCGAGGCAGGUCGCCGUUGGCUCGCGACCACCGCGUCCGCCCACACAAACACGAGUGUCGACGCCGAAAUCGCGUACUGGCGGUCGUUCAACAUUACAACCUUUGUGUUGCAGUGGCAGAACCGGUGGCAGACGGGCAUGACCGAGACGGUCGCGCUUACGAACGCGCUCGGGAUGCCGCUGAGCACGACCAUCAAGAGUCUCUCCCGCGUGACGGGCCCAUGGACGUCGCAAAAUCUCUUUUACAUGCCGCUCAACGACCUCUGGGUCAUGCAGGGCCUCAACCGGAGCUUGGUCUGGGGCACGUCCAAGUACGUUGGCGCCAAUAUAAGUGCGUCGAUGCCAGCUAUUCCUAUCGAAGCGUGGAAUGCCAACUAUGCCACUGGCGUCUUUGCUGCCCAAGCUGCGCUCUUCCAUUACGAGCUCGGACCGUUCCUAUCGGUGGAUGCGUUUUACCGGGUGCCGCCGGCGUCGCUCCUCGCCGCGUACGACACGCUCCAGGCGGCGCUCGUACCACGCCUCGGCGUCGACCGGGCUCUCAGCGCCGCCUACCGCGCGAUUCCGACAGGCGUCACGACGACGCCAACGCCACUGGCAUGGCGCAACUACACGUUUUACGGCGGCAACCCCAUGUGCGUCUCGAACCUUCCGACGUCGUUCGUACAGCAGUCGUUCGACUUUUUCGACGGCUGCACGCAAGCGACGCCAUUUUGGUUGUCGCCAAGCCCCGCCGCACUCGUGUUUGGUGUCGUUGCGACCGACGCGAGCAGCGCGGCGUGUGCUGCUGCCGGUGUCAAUUGCUCUGCGGCGUCGCGGGUUCGCCAGCGCCUCGACAUCGCCCGAUCCGAAUUUGCAGCCGCGACAAACGACGUGAUCGCCAUGGGUCUCGAGCACAUGCAGUACGCACGAUCGCCCAACGGAACGUGGCUCAUGCUGCACCAAUCGCUCCUCGACGUAAAGGACUUGGCGUGGACGCUCUCGAGCUGGGUGCUGCUUCGCGAAUGGGUUCUCGGCGUGCGGGAGGUCGUCUCGUUCGAAGGCGACGUGCGGUCGGUCGUGCUCAUGUCGAAUGCGUACUCGCCGACCGACUUCUCGACGAGUGGCCUGGGCCAAGUGCUGCAAAGUGCGACGCAGGUCGGCUGGUACCUCGUGCUCGUUGUCUCGUUAGCGCUCUGCGUCGUUGGAUCAUGGACUCUCUACAUGGCGUUCAAACGUGGCUUUUACAUUGUGGGACGCAACUUGGUCUCCUUCAACCGAACGGUUGGCGCGACGUGGGUUGGUCGGCCUCUGUGUAUCUUUCGCGGUCUUGCUGCCAUUUUGCUGUUGAGCACGUCGUCGGUCACCCUCGACGCGUCGAACGUCGUGCGGCUCAUGCCUUCGCCCCGUCCUUGGUACAUCGUGGCGCUUCUCGCUGGUGAAGCGUGCUGGAUCACGUACGUCCUCAACGAACUCGUCAUUGUGUUUGCUCGGGGCAUCUCGGCGAUGCAUUGCCACGCCUCGAGCCUUCUCGUGUGGCUCGUCAUCGUCGCCGUUGAAGCGCUAUCGCCCGUGGCAGCGACCGCGACGCUAAACCGGCAGUGUACGAGCCAGAAUAUGGACUACGUCGUUCACUGCGACUCGGGUAUCGUUCACAUUGGCGACUUUCGACGAGUGCUGGACCUCGUGAGCAUUCAACUCAUGGUCGUUUUCUGUGUCACCUUGGCAGCCAUGUGCUCUCCGAAACGUGCCAUUUCGCCAGCAUUGCCGUUGGCCGAGCCCAGUUUGCGCUUGUCCGCAGUCGCUCGAGCUUUUAUAAAACCCCUGCCAACCGCAGCGACCGCGCAGACGUUCGACGUUGUCGGAAGCGUGCUUGCCGGUGUCAUCUUUUGCUCGUAUGGAUCGGUGGAGUGCCUCUUCGACAUCAAGCUUUGGAGACUCCUCGUGCCAAAAUGUACCUCGGCGCCGAUGGGGGUGCUUUUACUAAGCGCGCAGUUGCAGCGCGUGGACGUCGACAAUGUUGCGCCAACAACGUGGUCACGCCGUUGGCGCCGGUUUGUGGCUGUGCUUGGACUUUUGCACAUGUUUGUGUCCCUCGGCGGCAGUGUCCUGUACCUCGAAGUGGCGAUGACAGACUUGACCAACAACUUUUAUUGGAGCGAGUUCAACGUCACGGGUGGUCACGCCUUUGUGGCGUCGUGGCUCACGGAGCAACUCGUCUUUGGACGGCCACUGUCGUGUCGACUGGACGACAAGCACGUCAAUUGGUUUGGGCCGUUUGACGCCGACGUUGCCUUCGUGGCGUCGCCAGCCAACUAUGGCGCUCGCCUCCAGCACUCGGUCUUGACCUCGAUCGACGUGGCCAUCGAAGCGCUUCGCUCGAUGGACGCCUGUGACGCGCCGUGGCUCUUCACACCGUACUGCUACGUGGAUUGGAACCAAACGUGGGAAAUGGCGGCGACCAGCACCCGCCAAGCGCGGUGCCGGGCCUUGGCGAAGAACGGCGCCGUCUACUUGGCGUCGCUGGUGCACAAUGUGGAUAGUGCAAGGUUUAUGGCAUGCUGGGGUAAAGCUUUUGAAGUCGGUGUUGCGUCCGAGCUUCGGCGGUCGAUCGCCGGAGUCCAUUGGCUCUCGACGCCGCGCCGAAGUGUGGUCGACGAAGCCGACGUCUGGCGUCGCGCCAACGUCACCUACUACGACACGCAGUGGCAGAACUACAAGCACAUCGGUGUCUCCAAUGUCUACUCGAUCGUGAAUGCGUACGGUCUUGUGUAUCCCCUGACCCUUCAGCGCCAGAACGGAUCCUACCGCAUCGCGGGCCAAUCCAGUUUCAAAAUGUACUGGGGCCUCGCCAACGACUUGAUGGCGGUGGUCGACAACUCGAGCAGGAUCAAUGGUCACAGUCUGCUUCGAGCGAGCUCUGCCUUUGCGUAUCGCAAUGUGACGAUAUCGAGUGUUCUAGCGCAACGCGCUGUGUUUUCGCUGCCGCUCUCGCAAGGUUUCGACUUGCUGACAAAGGUCCUCGGGCCCUUUGGAUCUGUCGAUAUGCUCUACAUCAACGUCCCGACACGCGUACAGGGCGCCGUUCGAAACCUCGUGGACCUUGUUCGCUCGAGUUUGACGGUGUCGACGCCAGCUCAGAGCGCGUACGCCGCUAUUACACCGCUGGACUCGUCGCAUCCUGUGCCGCCACCGUGGCUAGGACGCGGAGGCAUCACGUUUGGCGCCUCGCCGCUGUGCCCGGACGUGGCGUACCCCUCUCGUGUUGACAUUGGACUCAACAAUUUGCUUUCGUUCACCGAGCCGUGUGUCCCGACGACAGGGGUUCUCGCCAUGGUAGCACCUUCGCGACAACACUACGUGGUUGCUGCGGCGAUGGCGUCUCCCGUGAACAUAUCUGCUUCGUGUUCGUUCGACCCAACCAACCACGCGGCGUGCUUGGCGUACCUCAGUCGAACGCAGGCGUUUCUGGCGACGCAUGUACCGUCAGCAGCACCGGACAGCGAUGCGAUUCACGCUAUCGAAAGCUUGGAGAUUGGAUUUAUCAACUACGGAUACCUCGACGGGGCACCGCCACUGCAACUUUUGCACGCCAAGCUACUGGACGAGCCAGCGUUUGGCUUUUUUGCGUGGCUCUUCCUCUACGAGUGGGUCGCUGGUGCGCGGGAAGUUGUCGCGUUUCAAGGCGACGCUGGCAAUCUGACACUCAUCACGAACCUCCAAGACCCCCGGCGCCAGUCCGUCCAGGCGCACGAUGUGCCCGUCAAUUUGGCGCAGUACGCUCGGGGCUGUCUUGUCUACGUGACGUUUACAAUGAUCACGAUCGCAGCGUUGGUGGUUGCGUACGCAUUGUGGAGCUGCGGCCACGUUGAAGGCGCCAACAUGUUCAAAUUCGGACAGGUUGGCGGCGUCGCGUGGGUCGGGCGCCCGCUCCUCUGUCUCCGAAGCCUCACCGCCAUUUGCAUGCUCUCGACGGCGUCGCCGACCUUGCACUUCACCGGCGUCAUCACCCUCUUCUACGACGACCGCCCGUGGUACAAGCUCGUGCUCGCAGCCAACGAGGUCACGUGGCUCGCGUCCAUCAUCAGCGACCUCUUGCUCGUUUUCACACGCGAGUACACUUCGUACUACCUGUCGGUGCACAAUGUGGUCGUGUGGGUCGUCGCGGCGGUCCUGACAACGACGGCACCCGUCGAGCACCGAGUGGAUAUUGACCUCCGCUGCUCAGCAACCGCACUGGACCUCAACGUGGCAUGCGAUGCAGGCGUCAUUUACAUCGGCCAAGCCACACGCCUCUUGAUGCUUGUUGGCCUCGUGCUCGGGUCUAAAGCGCUGCUCUUGGUCGUAGUGAAGUGGCGCGUCGGCGUGUCCCCAGCGCCAGUAGCCCACAGCUUCUUUCUCUCGGCGGGCGCGACAUACCUCUUCAAGCACGACCACCGCACACACGAUGGCGUCUACUACCUCGACCGAGCGUCCGCGGUCAUGGACGGACUGCUCACACUGCGUGGCGCACGCGGUGUCGUGUACGUUUUGGACUGCAAGUCGUGGCGCGUCCAUGUAUUGAAGUCACCCAAAACCAUUCCAGGACUAGGCCGGGCGCCGCAAUGGCACCGGUCGCUGCAGCACGCCUGUCCGCUCACAGACUAAGAACGUUUGUGAAUCCACGUGGUACCGAUUCAUUGC